UCGUGAACCCAUUUCAACUUUGCUCUGCCUCACCACCGGAAACCAGUCGCGGAGUCGCUGCCUUCAACCGUCGGCUGUUGCGGAGUCGCCUGUUUGCCAAGUGCCCAACUCCAUCUUCAACCGUCGCCUUAGGUUCGUAGUUCGUUUCUCACAAUCUCACAUUCUCUGAUUCUCACUGGUCACCCAUCGCCGUUCGGUGCCCGGCGGUCGCACCCCCUUGGCAGUUGGCCCUUUUUAUAAAUCUUAAUUUGUUCAAUUGUUUGUCCUAAGUUUUGAGUUUUGAAAUCUUAUUAUGUUUUUGCCCUAAUUUCCCUAAUUUCACAAGGGUAAAAAGGUUGUAGCUAGCUUGUUAAUUGUUAUAUAUGUGUGUAAAUGAUAUAAUUUUUACAGUGUUUUUGAGUAGUAGAACUAAUGGUGUCAGCUAGCUACCAUAUAUAUAGAUGUUUGUAAAAUUACUAAGUUAUUGUGAAUGUUGUUUCUAGUUUUUGUGUUUGUGGAGAUUGUUAACAUAAUGAUUAUCAACAUAUAGUAUUCGAUUGUGGAACUUGCAACAUUUGUAUCCUUUUAGAUAGCAGGGACUUUGCUGCCUAUUUUUCCUUUUCAAUCAAAUUGUAGGGUUAUAUGACAGGUUUGGCUGGUUGCAAGCAUUGAAGGGGUGCCCCCUGAGCUUUGAAAAUCUGAGAGGGAGUAGGGGGUUAAGAGUGUGAUGAGAGGAAAAAUGAGGAAGGAAAAUUGUGAAGUAACAAUAUUUUAUGCAGGUUGGACUGGUGCUGCAGAUGAGGGGGUGAUGACAGAGAUGUUGGAACCUUCCAUAGUCUGUAGCACCAUGCAGAAUGAAGAGGAGGAUGCUGGCUCUUGGUCAUCACUUUGCAGAGGCAAUACACUGUAGAAAUUACAGUGCCCUCUGUUGGAGCAGAAAUGUACAUAGAGACACACAAAAAGUUGUCUGCUAUUGCAGCAUGGGAGAACACUAAGAAGGCUUAUGUGGAGGCUCAAAUGAAGGAAAUUGAGGGAUUCCCGGCUUCACCAUUGCCUAUCUCUCGCUCGUUCUGUGCGGCUUCACGAAUCGGGCAUCGCGUGUUUUCAUCUCUUGUUUUUUCUUUCCACGUAUCAAUGGCAGAAGGUGGGGACCUGGGCAUAUCGGAGUGGAGGGGACCACUGGUCGCAGGUGUCGGCCGAGGUAAGAAAACAAGGGUGUUGCGGUGUGCUCCUGGUGGGGAUCAAAGUUGUGUUAGUGACGAUGACUUCGUUUCACCACCGUUGGCGUUCUUGUCGAGGUUGCAACAAGACCCGGUGUGGCAGGCUGUUGAUGAUGUCUGUGUGGGUGGUUCAUCUUUUGAUGGCGAUUCUAGUGGUGCGGUGUGUUCUGAGUAGGAAUCUGAUUUGCCUGCUGUUAAGAUUCGGGCACAGGCUAGUGUGCUUGUUGAUGCGCUAGUGGACCUGUCAACGCGGCAGAAGGAUGCUAUUAGGAGUUUGGGGUUUGGGUCUUUGUUGGAUUUCCAAGUCACCGAGUG